AAAAGACAGGGGACGCGCUGCAACUCCAACAAGCAAGUUCACAGCACAUCACAUCUCAGAUGCAAAACUGGGCAAGUGAAGACUCAUAUCAUGGUACAAAAUGAGGUUGCAUUGACCCUGCUAGUACUAGCCAAGUAGCCUAGCAUCGAGGUGGAGGCUGGGCCACAGUGGUCAGUAACCCAACUAGGAGGCUCAGCUCCAGGCCAGCGGAGGGAGGGGGCCUGGUCCUGGAAUGACCUGGUGAGCUGUGGCACCUAGCAGCGGAGGGAGGUUUGUGAUGAGCGGGAAGAGCCUGCUGUUAAAGGUGAUCCUGCUGGGGGAUGGUGGCGUGGGGAAGUCUUCCUUAAUGAACCGCUACGUCACAGACCGCUUCGACUCCCAGUCCUUCCACACCAUCGGGGUCGAGUUCCUCAACAGAGACCUGGAGGUGGACGGGCGCCUGGUGACCCUUCAGAUCUGGGACACGGCAGGUCAGGAGCGCUUCAAGUCCCUGAGGACGCCAUUCUACCGUGGUGCCGACUGCUGCCUCCUCACCUUCGCUGUAGACGACCUGCAAAGCUUCCAGAACCUGGCCGCCUGGAAGAAGGAGUUCAUGUUUUACUCUGACGUACGAGACCCAGAGAGGUUCCCCUUCGUUGUCCUGGGCAACAAGGUGGACAAGGAGGGGAGGGAGGUUGGGGAGGACGAGGCUCGGGCCUGGUGUGAGGAGAACGGCUGUUGUCCCUACUUCGAGACCAGUGCUAAGGACGAUACUAACGUGGGAGUGGCGUUCGAGGCGGCGGUACGGGAGGUUCUGGCGGCGGAGGAUCAGAUCGACCACACGUUGUUGAGUAGCACUAUCGAUCUCCACGGCAACCGUAAAGUACGGCACUCUUCUUGCUGCUGAUUGGUUGAAAGGACUGGUCGGAGCUAGCCCCUCCCUGAGUCCUCUCUGUCUAGCCUGAGCACCCUGAGAGCCAUAGAGGUGUUCUGCUCUCCACUGAUCUCUAUGGUUACCUACAUGAUGCAGGUACAAGCCACUGAGACUAAGAAGAUAAUCAGGUUAUCAACACAGCUGAUUUGAAAGAUUAUCAAUGAGGUUAAAUGUAACAGGUACACUAUGUUUUUCAACUCGGUCUGCUUUCAGCAGUAUAUCACAAAACUGCUCUCUACAUCCAUCCAGCCAGCUUCAGCUUCAUGUACCUGCCCUGUGCAGUGUUUUCACCAUAUAGGCCUAGCCCUCCUACAGAAGUCAUAUUAAUAUCCUUCCAGUUCUCCUCUCCAAGAGCGCAGGCUGCUUGUGGCACAGCAACAUUCUCAUCCAUUACUAUCUCUGUCUGUCUGCUAAGUCUUCUUAGGUUUCAUAGGUACUUUGACCAGAACGUGACUCUAUCACGCUGUCAUAUCUCAUUACAGUGGUUGGCUGACUGGUGGAAUAUAAUUUAAUAUAAUACAAUGAUAUAGACAUGGUCAGUUGGCUGACUGGUGGAAUAUAAUUUAUUAUGAACUGGGUGGUUCGAGCCCUGAAUACUGAUUUGGCUGACAGCUGUGGUAUAUCAGACCAUAUACCACGGGUAUGACAAAACAUUUAUUUUUACUGCUUUUUAUGAGGUAUUUGAGGUAUCCAGUAUUCUCUCCAAAUAUCCUAGAGGCUCUCUAGGUUUGUCUGAAUCUGAGAAGUGUUAGUCCUAUGUGUGAGAGUUGUAGGAGACGCCUGCUUUAAUUUCAUCCCUUACCUACUACGGUACGUACCUGCUUUGUGAGAUCCCUUUCAUUUUUCAGGUCUCUCGACACAUCAAUGUUAGGGAUAUAAUGUUCUUAGUCAAUGAAGCAUAUUUCCUAUAGAUGUGACAGGUUUUUGUUUGGCGUAUGGCAGAUCCAUUUUUCUUUUCAGAAGUUGAUUUAUGUUCUGAUAUUUACUGUGGGUUUUCUACCAUGUAACGUGUUUGGGUUGGUGUGUCACUAAGGAAGAGUGAUGAUGGUUUGUUCCUCAGCCCUUCUGCCUUGCCUGUCUACUGCAUAGGCCCUGCUCUGGAACAUUCUAGGAUCUAGAUAGAACAUUGGAAGUUGUAGAACCUUAUCGAAUCUAGGACAUUGGUAGCUCUAGAGUAUUCAAGUCAGAACAUUCUAGACAGAAUAUAUAAGAACAUUCCAGUCCUUAAUGUAAUACCAUAGACCCCCCCUCUACUCCUCUGAUCUGCCUUGUUGAUUAAAGUCUUAUUUGAAUGUGAAACAACCUGAGCACAAAGGAAAAUAACUGUACCUUUUUAAUGUACAGAUUUUGCAUUUUAUAGUAGUAGUAGUAUGCCAUUUAGCAGACGCUUUUAUCCAAAGCGACUUACAGUCAUGCGUGCAUACAUUUUUGU